GUUAGAUGUUUGUUUGUUGCGGAAAAAAGAAGAAGGAUCGGAAACAUGCUUCAUUAGGAAAUCUACAUUAGUUAAAUUUAAUUUGUUAAGAUGGACUCUACUUCGAUAAGAAUCUUAAAAUAAUUACAGAAUUCAAUAAAACAAAUGUAUUGAUAAUUUAUAUAAUUGCAAAUUAGUUUUGUGAUACCCAAAAAGGAAACUGUAAAUAUUAUUGUCCAAUCUGCUUCAAAUAUUACGACUGUAAAAUGCGAUCACAAUUUUAUAGGUAUGCUCCAUACAACCUGCUGUUCCAAUUACGUCUGCCAUGUUUGUGCAGUGUAAUCUCUCGCCAAUAAAAUGUACAAUUGUCAUUAUUGUCGAAACGAACACUGCAAAUACGUAGAUGUAGAUCCUGCACAUUAGUUAAAAAUAUACAUAGAUUCACAUACUAACUUAUGAAAUUUAUAUUAAUUAAUAUAUACAAAUGUAAAAAGUAGAUUACAUCUUUAAGAUUGUAUUAAUAGGAUCCUAGAAUGUCGGCAAAUCUUCUCUUAUGGCCAGAUUCAUAGAUCAAGUUUUUAAUGAUAGUUAUCUGUCCACAGUUGGAGUUGACUUCAGAAUCAAAACCCUUUCCAUACACGAUAAAACGUAACUAAGUACCCACGCUUAUUAGUAUUAAAAUGCAAAUCUGGGACACAGCUGGAUAAGAACGCUUUCAAGCUUUGACUCAAUCUCACUACAAAGGGGCUCAUGGCUGUAUUGCUGUAUAUGAUGUUACAAGUGAAAGGUACCUAUACAAUACAUAUGAUUCCUAAGAUCUUUUGAGGAUGCCAAGAAGUUCUUAAAGCUAGUAAUUGAAGAACAUGGCUUGAUUCCUGAAGCAUGCUAUUUAAUUGCAAAUAAGGUUGAUUUAGUCAAUAAAAGAGUGGUACAUUAAUCAGCAUUAAGUUAGAUCCUUGGUAAGAAUGGCAAUGAUUUUGCACAGGACUUAGGUGUCAACUAUUUGGAAACAUCUGCUAAAACUGGAGACAAUGUCAAUCAAUUGUUUUUGGAAUUGGGCAAAAUUAUAUUGAAUUUGGUAGAUUAGAAACGUACAAUUGCACAGCCACCUGAAAAUGACACUAGAUUAAGGACAUUAGAUACAUAAAAAAUAGAAUAGGAAUAAGGUUGUAAGUGCUGA